GAUUGAAGUGUACCUGCAACUGGCAAGUCCUCACCUCCCUGGAAGAGCAUGGCGAAGGAGGGUGAAUUGACUGUCUAAUAAAAAGUCUUUCUUCAGCUGAGCUCAAAGCCAGGAACGUUUCUUCUGGGGAUCUUUAUCUGCUUCUCAGCGUUUGAUCCGGACUCUGCAUCUUCACCCCUCCAUCUCCGUGCAAUGCCCCAGAAGGAGCUCGUGCAUUUGCCAUCUUCGUUUCUUUCUAGAAUGACUUGAAACAGAAGAGUUUCCAAGAGAAAUCAUGAUAGUCAUCAUUCCACUUUCAUAGUAAAGGUUUUUCAGGUGGGAUAUCAGGCCAUUGCAAGUCCUUUGAAAAUUCAGGAAAUGGAGAAGCCAACAGAAUCUGAUUAUGAAGUAUUCUUGAGCUUCAGAGGACCGGACACUCGCCGUGACAUGGCUGAUUACCUUUACAACAGCCUCAUUCGUGCCGGAAUACGGGCAUAUAGAGAUAAUGAAGAGCUUCCCAUUGGGGAAGAGAUUGGCCCGGAGCUUGUCCAUGCGAUUAAGCAGUCGGAAAUCUCAAUUCCUAUCUUAUCUAAAGGAUAUGCUGCCAGUCCAUGGUGCCUCAUGGAGUUGGUCCAGAUGGUGGAGUGCAAGGAAAACUGGGGAUGUAAGAUCAUGCCAGUUUUCUAUGACGUAGCACCAUCCGAUGUUCUUCGCCAAACUGGAAGUUACGGUGAGGCCAUUAAUUUACACAUAAAUAAGCAGCGGUACACUGAUGAGACUAUUCAAAACUGGAAGGCAGCUCUCAGCAAGGUUGGAACGUUAAGAGGAUGGGAACUCAAGGAGAGAGGCAAAGGUGAGUUCACAGAAGAAGUUGUUCGGACGCUGUUGAUCGAGUUGAAAAAGAACUACUUGACAGUAUCUGAUUACUUGGUUGAAAUGGAUGAUCACGUGGACAAAAUCAUGGAAGUGAUAGGUGAACAGACCACUGAAACAAAGAUCAUUGGUAUUUAUGGUAUGGGCGGUGUCGGAAAGACAACUCUUGCCACAAUCAUCUAUAAUAAACUGUCGGCCAAUUCCACUAACUGUUGCUUCCUGUCUAACUUCAAAGACACAAAGAUUAAUAUUUUGCAGAAUCAACUCAUCUCUGGUAUCCUAAAAGAGACAUUUCUGCCCAUCCAUAAUAUAUCAGAAGGGAUUACUGAGAUCAAGAAGAGGCUAUUCUCUAGGAAGGUCAUACUUCUACUUGAUGAUGUCGUCCAAAAGACUCAGCUGGAUGCUCUUGUCGGGAUGGGCAAAUGCUGGUACAGCAGAGGAAGUAAGGUUAUUAUUACCACAAGAAACAAGGUAGUUCUCAAGGAUGUUGAUUUGAAGCACGAACUUACUGAAAUGGAUUUUGAUCAUUCACUUCAACUUUUCAGCAGACAUGCCUUUAGAAGAGAUCAUCCUCCAGCAGAAUACUUCUACCUCUCAAACAAAGCGGUAAAAAUCUGCGGUCAUCUUCCUUUGGCUCUUGAGAUCAUAGGUUCAUUUUUAGCUGGAAAAGAUGGAAAAUUUUGGGAGACCACAUUAGAGAAGCUGGAAACUAUUCCAGAUGAAAAUGUUGAAGAAAAGUUGAACAUCAGUAUCGAGGCAUUACAACCACAUGCGAAGGAAAUAUUUCUUGAUGUUUGUUGCUUCUUUGUUGGGUUUGAUUGGAGAAUUGUGAGGCACAUGUGGAAAAGCUGUGGGUUUUUCCCUGACUAUUAUCUUGAUGUCCUCCAACAGAUGUCGUUAAUAAAGAUUACAGAACGUGAUGAAUUGUGGGUGCAUGAUUUGCUAAGAGACCUUGGGCAACAUUUCGUUCGUCGGAGUGGUAAUUUUAAUCUAGAGAAGCAAAGUCGGGUGUGGGAUCAUGAGCAAGCAAAUGAUGUUCUUAUAGCAAAGGGAACAGAAAACGUUGAAGCACUACGUCUCAAGUUUGAUCAUCAAUCUCAACGCUUCUUUAAGAAGGAAGAACUUGAAAACCUAUCAAAUUUAAGGUUUCUUCAAGUGGAUUGUGGAGACUUACAUAUGAACAAUGUCCAGCAUUUUUCUUUAACUAAUUCGUUCCGGAGGAAUCUAUGCAUCCUUCUAAAGUCGAGAUGGCUCUCAUGGCAUAACUUUGUUCAGCAUUUUCCUUCAACCAAGUUUUUCCAGAAAAAUCUGCUCAUCCUUCCGGAGCUGAGAUUUCUCUCAUGGCAUAAGUUUUCCAUCUUUUUCCGAUUGACCACAUUUUCCCUUACGAAGCUAGUGAUUCUUGAUCUAUCACGGAGUAAAAUUACAAAUGAUUGGGAGGGAUGGAACCAACUCAAGAUGGCAAAGAAUUUGAAGGUUCUAAAUUUGACUGAAUGCAGAAACUUGCGUGGAACUCCCGACUUUUCUGCUCAUGAAAAUUUAGAGCGACUGAUUCUUCAAGGGUGUAAGGGACUGGUUCAAGUUGAUAAGUCUAUUGGUAAGUUAAAGCAUUUAGUGUUCUUAAACUUGGAAGGUUGUUAUAAUCUGCGGACAUUGCCGAACGAGAUGGGGGAACUGGAAGCCCUAACAGAACUAAUUGUUGAUGGGACCUCUAUUACCAAAAUUCCCGAAUGGAAAGGAAUGAAGAAAUUAGAAACUCUCAGUGCAGUUGAAUGUGCAUCACUAAGUAUAUGCAAUUUUACUGGUUGCUUAACAUCACUAUCAAAUCUUAGGUUGAAAAAUACACAAAUUACUGAACUUCCCUUUGGAAAUUUUGGAUCUCUUGUUGAGUUGAAUAUUUCUGAUUCAAGAAUUGGAGAAUUACCCAAUUCAAUUGGGAAAAUGAAGAAUUUGAGAGUGCUGAGGAUGUCUCGCACCAGCUUAAGAAAGCUACCUAGCGCCCUUGGGAUGUUGGAGAAGCUUGAAGAGAUAGAUGCUGCUGGCUGUGAAUAUUUGGAGGAAAUACCAAGUGAGAUUGGAAGACUAUCAUUUCUGAGGAUCUUGAUCUUGAUAUUAUCAUCUACUGGAAUUUCCGAAGUACCUAAGGUUCCUGAAAGUUUGACCAAUCUAUUCCUUACAGCUAGAGCUCCAAGCCUCCAGUGGAUCUCAAGGUUAAGAAAGCUAGAGUCCUUGGAGCUGUUUUGUUCUGGGAGUGCUUCCCAACUACCUCCAGAUUUUAAUCUCCUUUCUAAGCUCAGGGAGCUGGUGCUCAAAGUAGAUAACCUAGAAUGCCUACCUAGGCUUCCCCAGAAUUUGUCACGCCUCCGUAUUUAUGGGCGCAGGAUAAUGGAAAAGUCAAUAGAUCUUUCAUAUUUGGAAAAGCUAUCAGAAUUGAGUAUCUGGAAUUGUGAACAGCUAAUAGAGAUUCAAGGCCUUGAACGUUUGAAAAACUUGAAACGGCUUCGACUUGGUGAACUUCCAUCGCUGGUGAAGUUGGCUGACCUGACCAGCUUGAAGAAGCUCAUGGUGCUUUGGAUAUCAUAUUGUCCUAUGCUGGUUGAGCUUCGAGGUCAGCUAGAAUCGUUGGAGACGCUUAAUAUAAUGUGCUGUGAAUCUCUCAAAAAGUGGCCUGAUUCAUUCAACGUGAAGGCUAUAGAUAUACAAGCCUGUUGGAAGCUAAAAGAGAUUCAAGGCAUGGAAGACCUGAAGAACCUGCGUUGCUUGAGUCUGGUGGAUCUUCCGUCGCUAGAGAAGUUGCCCGACCUGACCAACUCCAAGAAGCUCGAGGAACUUGUUCUAAGAGGUUGUCCUUGUGUGAUUGAAAUUCCAGGUAGGCUAGAAUCAUUGGAGAGGCUUCAAUUACAUCGCUGCGGGUCUUUGCGAAAGUUAUCUCAUCCUUCAAGCGCCAAGAAGCUAAUGAUUUUAUUAGUAGGUGGCUGUAAAAAGUUCGAGGAGACCCUGGAAUCCGAUAAGUACAGAGAUUUGAAAAAAGUGCGUCGAUAACUCGUAGAAUUUGAUUGAGUUGCACAAGGUGCGACUCCAUCUGGUGGAGAUCUUCCUCCGGGACAGCGACCCAUGUCUUCCUGCCCGUCCAUCUGUUCCGCGAGGGGUUGAAUAGAUUGUCCGAGAAGUCUUCCGUUUUGCAUUUUGGGCUGCAGCUGAGCUGACUGAGGCCAAGAAGGGUUCUUCCUUCUUCGCUGCAUCUUUAUUUGGUUUUCUGCAUUUCAUUCAGACCCGGUGGCUGUCUACUUUGAUUUUCUUCAUCUUCACCCAUUCCUUUUCUGGUUUUGACAAUUUCGGGGAUGCUUCUUAAUUCAUUGAAGCUCCAUGUCCUUGGUAACUCGGAAGGUUAGGCAAGCUGGGAUCCUUGCGGUUGGAAUCUCCUUAUUUCACCUCCCCAUCUUCAGACAUCAUUCUUCUUUCCCAACUCAAUGAACCUGAACUGGUCCCCUCCAAGAAGCUGCAAUGCCUACCUAGCCUUCCCCCAAAUUUGUUGUACUUAAAUAUCGAAUCGUGCAGGGAAAUAAAAACAUCACUAGACCUUUCAAAUUUGAAAGCGGUGUCAGAUUUGGAAGUUUCUCAUUGCCCUAAAGUGAGAGAGUUCAGUGGCCUCCAAGUUUUGGAGAACCUGAGUGCCUUGAAGCUUGAAGGAGUUCCAUCUUUGGACAAGUUGCCUGACCUGACCAACCUAAAGAACCUUCAGCAAUUCUAUCUGCAGUGAUGUCCUAAAGUGGUCGAGAUCCAAGGCAGACUAAUAUCGUUGGAGGCACUUUGGAUAGGUUCCUUUAAAUCUUUAGAAAAGUUACCGCAUCCAUCUUGCUUCAAGAAGCUAAAAUCUUUUUAUGUACACAAAGCAUGAGAAGGUAGAAGAUUCUCUGAGUUCUGAUGAUCAGUGGAGGACUUGAAGGAAGAGACUCAGUCUGAUCUUGUGGAAUCCGACUUGUCUGGGUAUUUUUAUUUUAUUUUUUUUAGGAAACUUUUGCUCUCUUGGAUUUCAGAGUUUGGUUAAUGGUAGAAUCAUUCUAGAAUGUAAAUGUUGGUUGCGUACCUGAUUUCAGUGGUUGACCGGCAACUCAAAACUCUAUAUGUUGCAAGCUCCUUAUGCUCAUGUAAUAAUCGGAAAAUGUAGUACAAACAUUUCUUCUCUCAAUUUUGUUACUAUUGUAUCCAA